UCAGCGGAAGUCGUCGUGCGGCCCGUCUGCUGACUUCCGGCGAGAGGAGCGGGAGUCAGAGUUGCGCGUGUACAGCUAGGCCGCGGCAGUUGUGGCGAGUUCUUUUGUUCGGACUGACCCAGGAUAGGUCUCAGUUCAUAGUGUAAGCCCUGUGUGAAGGUUAUGCUACACAGCAGGAAGAGGACCUAUAACUUUAUUCCACAUGAAAAAAUGAUGGGAUUUAUUCUCCUACAAAGAAAGUGAAACAGCAUUGGAUCAAAGAGGAAAACAAUAGAAAGUAGUCAGCAGGGCUUUUUUAAAACUCUCCAGGAUGCAGUUAGGAAGAGCCAAAGGAAAUAUUUCCCGAAGCACAAGCCAAGGAAAAACCUUUGAGAAUCAGUGUAAGACAGCACGGCAGCGGAAGAGAUGGGGAAUGGCUUCCCGAUAUGACACAGGUUUCAGUAGAUUUAGAAACAGCUUAGAGGAGAAACCCUAUAAAUGUACUCAAUGUGAGAAAAGUUUCAGUCAGAGUUCAACUCUUUUUCAGCACUUGAAAAUCCAUACUGGAGAGAAAUCCUAUAAAUGUGCUGAUUGUGGAAAAAGCUUCUUUCAGAGCUCCAACCUCAUUCAGCACCGACGAGUCCAUACUGGAGAAAAGCCCUAUAAAUGUACUGAGUGUGGGGAAGGAUUUAAACAGAGCUCAAAUCUCAUUCAACAUCAGAGAAUUCACACUGGAGAAAAGCCCUAUCAGUGUGAUGAAUGUGGCAGAUGUUUUAGUCAGAGUUCUCAUCUUAUCCAGCAUCAGAGAACCCAUACAGGAGAGAAGCCCUAUCAAUGUAUUGAAUGUGGCAGGUGCUUUAGCCAGAGCUCUCACCUUAGUCAACAUAUGAAACUGCACAGAGAAGAGAGACCUCUUAAAAUCCGUGGCAAAAAUACCAGGACCAAAAAUCGUUUGGUAUCCAGUUGGAGAAUCCAUACAGGAAGGAAGUCAGUAUCUUUGCUGUGCUAAACCAGAGACACCACUUGGGCCUGCUUUAAUAAAAACGAAAAAAUUACAACUCUUGUCUUACCAUCACCCUCCUUGCCACCCCUUUCCUUUCCUGGAUCUCUCUUCCUCCACGCCCUCUUACCCCCACCCAACAGAAAAUGAUUUAAAUUUCAUUGGGCUUUAUUGUGAGAUUGUUGAUAUUUAGGGUGAAAGACUGUGAUUCCUGCUGUCAUCGUCCUUUGGUUUGAUGGUUUUUCACCUACAAAUUCUCCUGUGGUGCUUUUAAGGUUUGAUGCAAUGAGAAGGUAUGUGAAUAUGCUAGUGGUUGGUCAUUGAAUUUUAGGAUUGGUCAGCCAUUGUAUAAAGUAGAAGGGAAGGGAAGUUAAUUCCAUUUAAAGAAAUGAUGGGUUAGCUUUUGGGCUUUUGGAACAGAUGGGUUUUGUCCUUGUUGUGUUUGAUGUUUUUCAAGUGUUUAAUAUGUAGAAGAUUUAUUAUAAAAACUGAAGAAGGGUACAAAGAUAGAUUGAAGCUCAUUUUUAAUCAGUGGAGAGCAGUUUAAUCCAUGUUGGAUUAAAGGUUUUCUGUUCCCAUUAUUCUGCUUUAUCAUUUGUUAGUAUAAGAAUAUAAUAGAAUCUCUCUAAUUCUUGUAGCUGCCUGAACUCUCCUGUUCUCAGCAAAAGAUAUAAUAGCUGAAAUGAGAUUUAGUGUUCAUAGGACUUAGGCAUUUAAAUUACUAUACUAACAGUAGUCAUGCUUUCCCUUUUAUUCAGAGAUAAUGCUAUUAACCUAUAAAUUAGUAAGUCAGUCACUUGUGUUUUUUCAGGAGUGGUGCUGCAUUUACUCUGUGUUGUGGCUAUGGGAAUGAAAUUUUCAAGACCAGGGUUAUGAGUGUAGUCUGUAUCCAUUAAACAGAAUGAAGUUCUGCUGGCACAUAUGGCUUUGGCAUCAGUAACGUUGUGCUUUCAGCUAAUCUUUUGGAUUCAUGAGCUCUUUGUAGUGAAAAGAAAGUUAUAGCAUAACAAAAUAUCUGACACUCUUAUCUGGUCCAUUAACUAUUUGCUUGUGUGCUUGCUAAUUAAAAACACAUGAUUUGCAACAAGUCUCCCUGACUUCAACUUUGAGAACUUUAGAAACCUUGAUCUCAUAAAGCAAGUUUUCUCAAUAAUUACAAAAGCCAAUUAACUUUAAGUUUGGGUGUAAUUUAGCUCCUCCUUUGAGAUAUCCCCCCCCCUUCUUCUUUCUAGAUCACAGUUAACAUUUUAGAAGUCCAGGAAAACCUGUUUCUGAACUUCUGAGGGAACAGUGUCAUGUUUCAGACAUCCUGGCCAAACUUAAUCUCAGGGUUUUGGUUCCUAUUGGAUGCCGAGAUUCUCAUAAUUUUCUCUAUCUUUUGUAAUCAUUUCUGAUCCUACUGUGCUAAUAAUGACAGUUCUCCAUAUGAAAUAAAACAAUAUUUUGUACAAUGCCAA